CUCUCUCGCCAUCGCUAGACUCCAUUUUUUUUCAUGUGGUGAACAUGUAUAGUCCUCUCACAGCUGACUUCAACCUGUAUGGGGCGGAGUUUGACGUCAGCUGGUGCUCUACGUGCAGAGCUGAAAGUUGCAACUAACCAAAAUGGUUUCCUCAUCCACGGUUAACUUCCUCUUUUUAAGACAGUGGCAUCAUAUUCAGCUCGAGUGUCCACAGAAAAGAACGAAAGAGAUUUUUCAACGAAUUUAACCUUAAUUCGGGGCAUUUUCUCUGAUGUAGUAAGACUUAUUGCAUAACAAAGAUGCAAUAACUCAUCUGGAGAAGUCCGGGCUGCAGCAGCAGCAGCAGCGCAUUGGACACGCCCCCUUUUCCCACGUCACACCCUCCCCGGUGCUGCCCCUACGGGUUGUCAUGACAACGGCGUAGCGGCUGGUAUCUAAAGGCAUUCACGGCCCCUGUCUACACUUCUGUCGGCCAGGAAGAGAACUAACACGACGGUGGUGAAUUUCUGUCCGAUAUGGGAAUAGUGAUACAAAGCCAUUCAAAACUCAACAGGGAUUCAGCCGGCCUCGUUUUGAUCUCACCAUGAAGUAUAUAAGCUAACUAAAUAAUGGCGACCUCAAAAGCAGAGGAUCACACAGCUGCGGGUGGAUCAGACAAGGAGCUUCCUGCACAGGAGGAGAAGGACAAGAGUUCAGAAAGGAGACUUGUUGAUGUCCUUCUAGAUAUUAGUGAGGAGGACUUCUUGAAAGAACUGGAGCCAUAUGAGUAUCACUGUUACUCUGGUUUGGAAGAAGCUGUCCGGGGUUGGGCCAGAGUAGCUCCACUGAGCUGCAUACUUGUGACUCAGAAGAGAUACAAGAAACCAAAGCAUAAGGAGGCUGACAACCUGGCCCCCUUGUCUGUUGACCCUACAGUCCCUAAUGCAGACAGCUCUGCCAGCAUUGCAGAGCAUCGCUGCGAGUCGCAUACAGGCCCUAAUUACAACCUUAAGAAAUCCAUGCCAUUAAAGCAGCAGGUGGGAUCUUGGAGUAACCCUGCUGUGGCAGCUCUGCAGCCAGACGCCUCAGAAUGGCCUGUCCUCAACGCCAUGCAGAAAACCAUGUCACACCUCUUCCUCGAAGAAAAGAUAGAGGAGGGAGGGACGCCCAGAGAGACUCCUUUGCAAUGUCACCAUCUGUCAUCAAAAUACUCUGCAUCAGAGAACAGGCCCGCUAAGCCUCAGAAACACAGCCACAGGCCCAAUAAUACAGUGGUUCCCAUUAAAAACUUCACAUUUUUACCACCAAUCAAGUCACCGCGUCUGAAUCCUAAGGUCAGUGGCCAGCUGUGCAGUGGCAAGAGGGCAUCAGAGGGAGAAACCUUAGAGGAAAACUGUUUCAUGUUUGAUAAGAAGAGUGAAACUAAAGGAACAAGAGUGGACCCUGUUGGUAACACAGAGCUUCCCAAUUACUCUGCAGCCCUGACCUCCAAGUACCAGGCGUGUCAGCAUAACCCCCACUUGUUUUCUGCUGUAAGUGUUUCUAUCCCCAAGAGGUAUCAGGUACCUGUGUCUUCCAAACCUGUCACAUUGCACCACAGGAGCUACUCAGAGGGCAAGAGCCUCACACAGGCGCUCCACGCCAGCACUGCAGCAGGUGCACAGGCCCAUAUGCAGCCCAGCUGCCUGUUCUCUUAAGGAACAAGACUGUGCAUGCUGUCACGCUGUCUGAGGCCUGUGAAAUAAAACUUUGAAAUGUCUGAUGAUGAUAUUCAAGUACACAUCAACUUUAAACUCUUAGGUUAAACCUGUUUUAUCAUAUGCUUUUGCCUCACUGCAUCCUACAAUGUUUCCGUCACAAUAGUCAGUUGGAAGAAUAAAUUCAGUGUAUGAGAUAUGUUGAUAAAAGUGACUCACUGCAGAGGUGAAGAUUUAGUUUUAGUAUUCAGUUAGUUUAGCAUAGCAUCUCAGAUCAUACUCAUUAUAACAAUGACAGUCAAGUGAAGAGAACAUUGAACUGUUAAGCUUUCUGUUUCAUUUGGGCCUUUAUUUUGUUCUGAGUGCUUCCCACGAGUGCUUUUUCAGCUUUUCUAGUUACCUAGCAACGGUGAAACUACCUCAUAAGCCUGGCCUCGUCUCUGCCUCGCAUGUUCUGCUUUUUAAACUAACAAACUACACUAAAGCUUCUGUCAGAGCUUUUGUAUCAUAGUGUAGUUUCUAUCUGUAUGUGAUAUAAACUGUGGCCAAACUACUGCACGUGCUCACUACACUGUCAGUUUUACAUCAGUCAGUAAGUGAUUCCUGGUGGUUGUGCAUAGGACCUGGGUUACGCAGUGUACAAGGGUUAUCAGAGUAGUAUUAUGCUGGGAUUCCUAAGUAUACUGUGUCAUGUUGGUCUCCAAAGACCAGCCAAUUACUUUGUCACUUUGCUUUCUUAUAAUACCUCUUUGGUGUAAAAUAAUAAAAAAAAAAAUAAUGUAGUGGGGCUGUUCUAUAAUCAAAAGAGCUGCAGCGUUAACCUAAUUGAACCAAACUUUUGUCUUAGCUGAAUGUGCAUGUAAAAUAAAAUGGUUACUUAGAACUGAUUUGUAAAAAGCUGCUAUAUCUGGCACAAGCCAGGACUCAGUGUGUCUAUGUUCAGUAGGAUGUAAAUGCAUCAAAGUGAAAAGAUGAAAUAUACAACUUUAUAAAGUUUUAUAUUGUUCUGUAAUUAACAAGUGUGAAAGAGGGUUCACACGCCCACAUCUAUCAGGAUUCUUCUUUAAACUCUCAGUAACAAUGGUUUCGCACUGGAGAACAAGGAAUCACCAAGACCUGUUCAUUUUAUUCCCCUCUGCUGAAACUUGAAACUCUGAGCUGAAUAAAGUAGCAACCCGAUUGAUUAUUUCACCCUGCCCCACCCUUCACCUCCUCCUACUGUUGCACCAAAGUAUUGUUCAGUCAAUCCUUCUGUUCUGGCUCCUCCUGUUGAUUCAACAUGCUCUCUGUCACAGACCAGGCCAAAUUCACAUUCGCAUAACCAAUGCUGCUGCCAAGAUAAUACAUCUCCCCACACCCAACCUCUAAGAGCUCAAUCCUAAGGCCAUCACACACAUUUCAAAUACAAGGGCACAGGACAUCACACACCCACUCAACUGCCACUUCACUGUACUGCCCUCUAGGUGCAGGUACAGGUCCCUGAGGUGCAGAAAGGUAAACGCCUGGCACCCUUUGCAACAGUGGCCCUAAACAAGGUGACUCGCUGAGGGAACUAUGCAUCUUGUUAUCAUGUUGUUUUGCCUGUCGCUGUUGUGAUGUAUUAAACAUAUUUCUGCCUGUCAUUGUGUGUGAUGAUGUGUGUAAAGUGUAAUGCUGAUUUUCCCCUGUGAUGAACAGUUCUGUGGAAGAGG